AUGAGCUCCUGUAAAUCUACGGAUUCGCGUUUGGGUUUUAAUUGUCCAUUAUGUCGUGAAUAUAUUCCAAAUAAUGGUGCGUUUGAUAAACCCGAGCAAUUGGCAGGGCUUUUUCCAGUUAAUGAAAUCUUAGAAAAAAUGAUAGAGAAACCAAACCAAGGAAUGUGUGAUGCUUGCUUACGAGACAGUGAAGAAGUCUAUAGCACCCAUUAUUGUUUAGCAUGUAUGGAAAGUUUAUGCGAUUUGUGUACAAAAUACCACAGAAAACAGUUGAUGCUGAAAGAUCAUAAAGUGUACAAGAUUACAGAUAUGAAACCUGGAACCUUAGGUCCAGUUCUUGGAAAUACCUGUCCUAAACACAGAGGAGAGAGAGUGAAAGUAUACUGUCAUGAUCAUGAAGAACCUUGUUGUACAAUAUGUGAUUGUACAGAACAUAGAAAAUGCAAAGAUGUUACCACUAUUGAAAGUGCAAGUCAGAAACUACGGAACAACUGUAGCUUUAAUAUUUUGUUAUCUGAUGUGAAAAAGCUGAAAAACACUUUAUCUGAUGCAAAAGAGGAGGAAGAAAAUAAUAUAGCUGAACUUGAUGAGGUGUUGGAAAAAACAACAGAGAUGACAGAAAGAAACUACGAAGAAGCUGUAAGUUAUUUGGAAAAUCUAAAAAAUGAGCACUUAAAGAAUGUAUCUGUCGCUGUAAAGAAAAGUAAAGGUAAAAUCCGUAUGUGUGUUGAUAGGUUGUCCGAAGGCAUUCAGUGUGCAAAUUACUGUGAAAAAAAUAUUGAAAGAGCCAAAGUUUCUGACAAUGAUGCUGAAAUGAUGUUGCAAUAUUACACUGCAAAGCAAGUUUUUAACAACGUUAAAUUCAGAGAGGAGUUUUCUAAAAAGCAAAUAUCAAUAUCUAUAAGGGAUGCAGCGAUUUUUAAUAUAAUAAAACAAUCCGCAUGUCUUGUAGAGUUGGAACUCUCAGAGUCUGAAGUGAAAAUUAAUAAAACUGGAAAUCCUGUCAUAAAACCGGUCAAAACCGUGACACUAUCUUUAGUAAAAGAGUUAGAGCUAGCUGAACAUGCAUACAGUGGGACAUUUCUUACAGAUGGAUCAUUUAUGGUGUCGACACAAUCUAAAAAUUGUUUUAUUUUCGACAAGGACUGGUCAUUGAUUAGAAAGUUAAACCAAGUUAAUAAAAAAAGAACGUUUGGUAUUUCCCAAAUUGGAAAUAGCAUUUUUGUGUCAGGAGAAGAUUCCAUUUUGGAUAUUUCCUUUCCAGAAUUACAGCGCUUUAAACGCAUUCCAUUGAAUAACAAUAUAAGCGUAUUUGGAAUGGAUGUUUGGGAAGGAAACUUUUACGCAGCUUGUUUGGACAAAAUAGUGAAAAUGAGUUCUUCGGGGAAGCUUUUAAAAGAAUAUCCAACCACCUCUGGGAGUGUUGUUAAUGUAAUGAUUCUGAAAAAUGGUCAAAUCGUGUACAGUAGCUGGUCAGAUCAUACUGUAGCAUCUAUAGAUUAUGAAGGGAACACUAUCUGGACGUACAAGAACCCUAACAUUAUAUUCGCUUACGGACUGGAUAAAGACAGCAAUGAAAACAUUUUUGUUGCAGGAAAGGAGAGUAAUAACAUCCAUGUUUUGUCUUCUACAGGUGUACUUCUUAGAGUCUUUGAUAAUAUUCCAAAACCAGUUUUCAUGAAAGUUGACAGGAAAAGCAACAUCUGCUGCGUAUGCAGUGACUGGAAUAAACUUAAAGUUUUUGAAAUGAAAUAA